AUGAAAAUCUUUGUUUCUGUGAUCGUACUUUUUGUGUGUUUUCCUAUUAUAUACUGCAGUGAAAGACAAUACCCGAUACACUCAGAGGAUGGAGCUUUUAUCACAAAGCCUACAAUCUUCCCUGCCCAGCUGCUGGGACUUCAGACUGAUGAGGUGAGACCAGUGGUUGUAGCCUUUCCACCAACAAAUCUCAAUAGCACAGCCCGAUAUCGGGCAACCGUGCUUGUUGUAACUGUUACUACUCCAAACCCUCGUGUUGUUCAAAUAAUUGGAAACGAAUCUUUUCACAUCGAAGAAGAAACUUUGCAAAGCACUGGUUUAAACCUCACUUUUCAGUUACGCGGUGUUUUCAUUGGUUACGCCACAGUUUUUGUUCGAGUAGAAAGAAUACUCAAGAAUUUUCUAGUCCCAAAAAAUAUAGAAAGUAACCAGAACAUGGAGAGGUUGCGAAUACCAAUCAGCAAAAGCUCCGAACAGCCAGAGACAUCAACUAUGACCCCCUUCCUAGAACAAAUGGAGUCUGAAUUCCAUCAGUCCAGUUUUCCUCUAAACAAUAAUAUCAACAAUACUCGAGUGUUUGAGUUUUCGGUCAGUGUUAUUAGAGCACCGUCGAUAUUGAAAGACGUUUUUACGUUCUUGGUUGCUAUAGUAAUUGGUAUAAAUUUCGUCAGUAUGGGGUGCCAGCUAGAUCUAAAGCUUAUCAAGAAGGUGUUAAUCAAGCCUGUUGGUCCGAUCAUCGGGUUUUUCUGUCAGUUUCUGUUUAUGCCUUUGGUAUCUUAUGGGUUUGGCUACGCUCUGCUUCAUGUUAACAUUAGUCAGAGACUUGGAUUCUUCGUCUUAGGAUGUUCACCAGGUGGUAUUUUUAGCACCUUUUGGACUGUACUGUUGAACGGGGACGUCAAUUUGAGCAUCACAAUGACAUUCCUCAGUUCACUUGCUGCACUAGGUAUGAUGCCCUUUUGGAUAUUCACCCUGGGUUCUACGUUAUUCCUGAAACACGAGGCUCAGAUCCCCUACGUUAAUCUAGUCUUAUCUCUAGUGUUGUUGACACUACCCCUAGUUAUCGGGCUUUUCAUUCGUUACUUUCGUCCAGGCUUAGCAAAGGUAUCGGACAAGUUGAUUCGCCCUUUCACACUAAUCAUCUUGAUACUGACCGUCAUCCUGGCGUGUAUUACAAACAGUUACAUCUUUCCAUUGUUCACGUGGAGAAUGCUACUGACUGGAAUGUGUAUAGCGUGGAGUGGAUACGGAUUUGGUGCAACUUGUGCGUGGCUAGCUCGUCUUCCAAAAGCACAAAUCAUUGCUGUAUCCAUUGAAACGGCGUUCCAAAAUAUUGCUAUAGCGUAUGUUGUACUGACCAUUUCCCUUCCCCAGCCAGAUGCAGACAUAACAGCUGUAACAGUUGUAGCUCAAAUCAUUUUCACGGGUACCCCCAUGUGGAUCAUUUAUACGACCAAGGUUUUUCUACACAUUGUUUCUCAGCGUUGCUCUCGACUCCAGAAUAAUAACCAUAACGAAAUCGAUAACCAAAUAUCAAAGAAAAAGGUUGAAAAAUACACAAUUACGGAUCAGUUCGUUACAAGCAAAAAAGAUAAGGCUAGCCAGAGCCCAGAGCACUGUACUCAAGACCAAGUAGAAACUACAGUAAAUAUUUAACUUACAACUCAUCUAAACAAGUUAUUCUACAUUGCAAUUCAAAUAUGCAAUAAAACUUAGGAAAAUAAUGUAUAGGAUAAAAUACAAACUCUUAGAAAAAUGUCUUUAACCUAAUAUCACUUCUCUCAUUGAAGGUUUAGUUAAAAUCAAAGAUGUGAAACCUGUUUCAAGGAUCCGAAUUCCGUAAUGGUUGAGAUAUAUUUAAUUGAUAAACGCCAGGUUUAGCAAAUAGUUUUGCGUCAGCACUAGAGAUAAGUUGAUUUUUGUAAGGAAAGAGGAAAAUUUCAAUAUUUUUCGUUCAGCAGG